UUGUUUCUGCAUUCACAGGGCUUUGUGCUGGGAGAUUUCUGUGCCUUGUUGUCCCACAGCAGCCGAGCUGCUUGUACCCGCAUCCAAGCCUUGAGUUUUCCAGGCGGACUGAGUGAAGAAGUGGAGAGAGAUUUUUGCGCUGCUGGGUUCCCAGUGCUUGAGGAGGAUUUUAGUGUUGCGCUGGACCAGCUGCAUGACACCCAUUCACAGGCAGUGGGAGCCCCGAAGAUCCCCUCGGUGUCCUGGCAGGAUGUUGGUGGGCUACAAGAGGUGAAGAAGGAGAUACUGGACACUAUCCAGUUGCCUCUGGAGCACCCAGAGCUGCUGUCGCUGGGUCUGUGCCGCUCUGGUCUGCUGCUGUAUGGGCCUCCAGGGACAGGGAAGACCUUGCUGGCAAAAGCUGUGGCAACAACAUGCACCAUGACGUUCCUUAGCGUGAAAGGGCCAGAGCUCAUCAACAUGUAUGUCGGGCAAAGCGAAGAGAAUGUGCGCAAUGUGUUUGCCAGAGCCAGGGCAGCUGCUCCCUGCAUUAUCUUCUUUGAUGAACUGGAUUCCCUGGCCCCCAGUCGUGGGCGAAGCGGAGAUUCAGGGGGUGUCAUGGAUAGAGUUGUCUCACAGCUCCUGGCAGAGCUUGAUGGCCUUCACUCUACCAGAGAUGUGUUUGUCAUUGGAGCCACGAACAGGCCUGACCUCCUGGACCCAGCUCUGCUCCGGCCAGGCAGGUUUGACAAGCUGGUCUAUGUGGGCAUAAACGAAGACCGGGAGUCGCAGCUGCAGGUGCUGAGUGCCGUCACCAGGAAGUUUAAACUGGAUCCUUCUGUGAAUCUCACCACCAUCCUAGAAAAAUGUCCAGCUCAGCUGACAGGAGCCGACAUCUACGCGCUGUGCUCAGACGCCAUGAUGUGCGCUGUCAAACGCAAGGUGGAAUGGAUUGAGGAAGGGCUGGAUACUGAGAGCUCUGCUCUGAUCCUGACCAUGGAAGACUUUCUGCAGGCUGCUGCGAGGUUGCAGCCAUCAGUCUCUGAGCAGGAGCUGCUCAGGUACAGACUCAUCCAGCAGAAGUUUGCAGCCUGCUAAUGCUCGGCAAAGCUGGGACUGGAGGAGUGAUGAGAACAGGCCCAAAAAGGCACCCACAUGCUCUUCUCUGAUGCCUCCUGGGCCCCCUUCUUUCGAGCUUGGGUGGAAAUAGUGGCUGUGCAGUUUCCUGAGCCAAAGCCUGAUGGAAAUGCUGCAGUGCUCAGCCAGGAGGGUGGUGGGUCCCUCACAUCUGGUGCAGCACAUGGUGGCUGCUGGGAGCAUGGAUGACUUCCUCCUGGGGAGGAAGCUGAAUCCCACGGUUGUGGGCAAUUGUAGGAGUGUCUCCAUGGGUGACAGGGCAUUGGUAGGGGAGCAAGACUCAAACUGCAUCCAGUUUGUCAGCAAAGCGCAGGGCUGGAGGCAGCUGCUUGUUGGGGUGUCAGCCCCUCCCCAGUGAGGGGUGCUGGCUGGAGGGCAGCAGCACACUGCUGCUCCAGCUGGCCUGGACUUAAUGUAGUCUCUGAAUAAAAUACAGGGGUUUUAGCACUAGGUAUU